GAGGAGGAGGGCCCCGGCGUUGCAACAUCAUUAGCAACGACACCAUCAGCAGCAGCAGCAGCAACAAUCUCCAGGGUAACAACAGCCAUAGCCAGGGGCGACAGCGAUGACGCCGUCACUUCCUCCUCCCCACGCAGGCCCUCUCCGCACCGCCUCCCAUGUCCCAAGGAAAAGGAGGAGAAAAAGGAGGAGAUAGAGGAAGAGGAAGGGAUUAUUGAGGAGCAGAGGAUUGAGCAGCAGCAGCAGCAAAAGGAGGAGGAGGAAGAUGUAGUGGAGUGUGAGGGCGAUGAUGAAGAUGAUGAUGAUGAUGAUGAUGGCAGCAGUGAUACUAGCGUCUUGGUGGUGCCCUACCCUGAACUAGUACCUGUCGUCUUCUUCUGUCUCAAGCAGACGACGUGUCCUCGCAGCUGGUGCAUCCGCAUGGUCACCAGCCCUUGGUUCGAACGUGUGAGUAUGAUGGUGAUCUUAUUGAACUGCGUGACCCUGGGGAUGUACCAGCCCUGUGAGAACAUCGACUGCUCCUCAGACCGAUGCCAAAUUCUGCAGGCCUUUGAUGCAUUCAUCUACAUCUUCUUCGCUAUGGAGAUGGUUAUAAAGAUGGUCGCUCUGGGAAUCUUCGGUCGACGCUGUUACCUUGGAGACACCUGGAACCGGCUGGAUUUUUUCAUCGUCAUGGCAGGGAUGAUUGAAUACUCACUGGACCUGCAGAACGUCAACUUCACCGCCAUCAGGACAGUGAGGGUACUGCGUCCUCUUAAAGCAAUUAACAGGGUGCCAAGUAUGCGUAUCCUUGUGAACCUGCUGCUGGACACUCUUCCCAUGCUGGGUAACGUCCUCCUCCUCUGCUUCUUCGUCUUCUUCAUCUUCGGCAUCAUCGGUGUGCAGCUGUGGGCGGGGCUGCUGAGGAACCGCUGCUACCCGGAGGAGAACUUCACACUCACUACGGGGAUCAGCCUACCUCGGCCCUACUACAUGGCUGACGAGGAUGACGAGCGACCCUUUAUCUGCUCCCUGCCAGUUGACAAUGGCAUCAUGUCCUGCACCGAUGUUCCGGUCCGCCGCGAAGGAGGCAGGACGUGCUGCCUGGACAAAGACGACGCCCUGUACCGACAGUCGCUGGGCCUGAGUCUCGAGCCUCUGGCCAACGGCAGUGUCAGCAUAGCGGGCCUGUGUGUCAACUGGAACCAGUACUAUACCAGGUGUCAUACUGGAUACAGCAACCCUCACAAAGGAGCCAUCAACUUUGACAACAUCGCCUAUGCCUGGAUCGUCAUCUUUCAGGUGAUCACUCUGGAGGGCUGGGUGGAGAUCAUGUACUACGUGAUGGACGCUCAUUCCUUCUACAACUUCAUCUACUUCAUCCUACUAAUCAUUAUUGGUUCCUUCUUCAUGAUCAACCUCUGCCUGGUCGUCAUCGCCACCCAGUUCUCAGAGACCAAGCAGAGGGAGCACCAGCUGAUGCAGGAGCAGAGGGCACGGUGUUCGUCCUCUUCCACCCUGGCCAGCGAGCCCGGAGACUGCUACGAGGAGCUCUUCCAGCUGGUCUGCCACAUCCUCCGCAAGGCCAGGAGGCAGACCGUCGCCCUUUUCAACACCCUGCGGGGGAAACCUCGUGGCUUUCGGGGCGUCGGGAGAGGCAGAGGAGGACGAGAAGGGAGGGAGAGGAAGUCCAAUGGAAGGGAUGGACGUGGGAGGAGAGCGAUGUUGAGGCAUGGUCCACCUUGUCCCCACCAUAGUAGACCUGACCACGCCUCAUCUGCUGAACCCAUGGCGCUCACAGCUUCCUCCGCCACCGUCGGCUGCCCUCAGUGUGUCGCCGCCCUGUCGCUCGCUGACGGGGUCGGGCCGGUUCGAGGCGCGGCCAACGACGAAGCCGAGGAGGGAGCUGUGGAGGAAACGGACAGAGAGGGAGAACAAUCCGGUGGUAAGGAAAAGGAUAAGAAAGGCCUGGAUGGUUCAGGGACCCACGUGGGAUGUAGUCCUCAGCAGAGAUGCAGGAAGCUGUGCUACGAGAUUAGGACGAAGCUGUGGGGCAUCGUGGAGAGCAAGUACUUCAACCGAGGCAUCAUGAUCGCCAUCCUGAUCAACACCAUCAGCAUGGGCAUCGAGCAUCACGAGCAGCCAGACGAGCUCACUAAUGUUCUGGAGAUCUGCAACAUCGUCUUCACCAGCAUGUUUUCCUUGGAGAUGAUCCUCAAAAUCACUGCUUUCGGCUCUUUUAGCUACCUGAGAAACCCCUACAACGUCUUUGAUGGGAUCAUCGUCAUUAUAAGUGUGUGUGAGAUUGUAGGUCAGUCCGACGGUGGUUUGUCCGUGCUGAGGACCUUCAGGCUGCUGAGGGUGCUGAAGCUGGUGAGGUUCAUGCCAGCUCUGAGGAGACAGCUGGUUGUCCUCAUGAAGACUAUGGACAACGUGGCCACCUUCUGCAUGCUGCUCAUGCUCUUCAUCUUCAUCUUCAGUAUUCUGGGAAUGCACAUCUUUGGCUGCAAGUUCAGUCUUAAGACGGAGACUGGAGACACAGUACCGGACAGGAAGAACUUCGACUCUCUGCUCUGGGCCAUCGUCACUGUUUUCCAGAUUCUUACCCAAGAGGACUGGAAUGCAGUUUUAUACAACGGCAUGGCAGCCACUUCACCUCUUGCCGCUCUUUACUUCGUGGCCCUUAUGACGUUUGGGAACUAUGUCCUCUUCAACCUGCUAGUGGCCAUCUUGGUUGAGGGCUUUCAAGCUGAAGGUGACGCCAAUCGUUCUUACUCAGACGACGACCACUCCUCCUCAAACUUUGAUGAGAGCGAGAAACGCGACUCCAUAAAGUUAUCUGACCCCAGGAUCUGCACCCUGACACCCAAUGGCCACCUGGAGCUGGGUGCUCUCUCGGGUCCCAGGGGAUCCUACUCGUCAGAGAGGAGAAGCUUCACCAUCGAGUCUAGAAAGAGCAGCGUGAUGAGCCUGGGGAAGAGCAGCCUGGAGAGACGCUCCCUCUCUCUGCGCCAUGGUCGCAGUUCCAAUUACCACAACUGGGGGCGCCCUCACCAUCCACAUUCUGUGUGGAGCCGCAGGUCCAGCUCUAACAGCCUCGGCCGGAGGAGCUACGUGUUCGGCGGGGCUCCUCUGGUAGGAGGCAGCCUCCGUGUGCACAGCACCCGCACCCCCCACUCCUACGCCUAUGCCGCAGAGCAGGAGUCCCUUCUCUCACACCCACCCCACCCCCACCAUCCUCUCCCCCCACAUCACCCACUACCUCCCGCUGUGUUUCUCUCGAGGCACUACGCUGCGAGAAGAGAUCGACGGGCUCUUUCUCUGGAGCUGCCGGAGCUGCUUCGAGCCGGUGGGCAACCUCCGGGCCUUCCCCCCGUCCACCCGGACCCUGGGAGGAGGAGCGGGUCUGGGGCAGGGGCAUCCAUCACUGGAGGGUCUGGAGCUGGUAGUGGUUCAGGGGUGGACCACAGAGACUGUAAUGGCAAGGGGCCGGGUCAUCACAAUCACUUGAUUACUGAGGUUUACCCUCAAGUCAGUGCACGCAAGGACAGGACGGACCUCGAAGAUGAGACUGACUAUAGUCUGUGUUUCCGUAUCCAAAAGAUGAUGGAGGUGUACAAGCCCGACUGGUGUGAAACCAGAGAAGAGUGGUCUGUCUACAUGUUCUCACCUCAAAACAGGUUUAGAUGCUCCUGCCAGUCUAUUAUCGCCCAUAAGCUGUUUGACUACGUGGUUCUGGCCUUCAUCUUUCUCAACUGCAUCACAGUGGCUCUAGAGAGGCCGAAGAUCCUGCAAGGCAGCCUGGAGAGGCUGUUUCUCACCAUUUCCAACUACAUCUUCACGGCCAUCUUUGUUGCGGAGAUGACUGUCAAGGUGGUGUCCAUGGGUCUGUACUUGGGGGAAACAGCCUAUCUAAGGAGCAGCUGGAACAUUUUAGACGGUUUCCUGGUCUUCGUGUCUCUCAUUGACAUUGUGGUGUCCAUGGCAGGCGGAGCUAAGAUCCUGGGAGUGCUCCGUGUUCUCAGGUUGCUCAGGACGCUACGUCCCCUCAGGGUGAUCAGCAGGGCUCCAGGCCUGAAGCUGGUAGUCGAGACCCUCAUCACGUCUCUCAAGCCCAUCGGCAACAUCGUCCUCAUCUGUUGUGCCUUCUUCAUCAUCUUCGGGAUUCUUGGUGUCCAGCUCUUCAAAGGCAAAUUCUACUACUGCGUGGGUUUCGAUGUGAAGAACAUCACUAACAAAUCCGACUGUCUGGCUGCCAACUAUCGAUGGGUUCAUCACAAAUACAACUUUGACAACCUUGGACAGGCUUUGAUGUCCUUGUUUGUGCUGGCCUCCAAAGACGGCUGGGUCAACAUCAUGUACCACGGACUGGAUGCAGUGGGGAUAGACCAGCAGCCGGUCACCAACAACAACCCAUGGAUGCUCCUCUACUUCAUCUCCUUCCUCCUGAUCGUCAGCUUCUUCGUCCUCAACAUGUUUGUGGGCGUCGUGGUGGAGAACUUCCACAAGUGUCGGCAGCACCAGGAAGUGGAGGAGGCUAGGCGCCGCGAGGAGAAACGCCAGCGUCGCAUGGAGAAGAAGAGGAGGAAGGCCCAGAAGCUGCCAUAUUAUGCAUCUUAUGGUCCGGCCCGGCUGGCUAUCCACACUCUGUGCACCAGCCACUACCUGGACCUGGUCAUCACUUUCAUCAUCUGUAUCAAUGUCAUCACGAUGUCUCUGGAGCACUACAGCCAGCCACAGUCUCUGGAGACUGCACUGAAAUACUGCAACUACUUCUUCACCUCCACCUUUGUGAUUGAGGCCUCUCUGAAGCUGGUGGCCUUUGGCUUUCGGCGCUUCUUUAAGGACAGGUGGAACCAGUUGGACUUGGCCAUUGUGCUGCUGUCAGUGAUGGGCAUCACGCUGGAGGAGAUCGAGAUAAAUGCCUCCCUCCCCAUCAACCCUACCAUCAUCAGGAUCAUGAGGGUUCUCAGGAUAGCACGAGUGUUGAAGUUGCUGAAAAUGGCAACCGGGAUGAGAGCUCUGCUAGAUACAGUGGUCCAAGCUCUGCCUCAGGUGGGAAACCUUGGCCUGCUCUUCAUGUUGCUGUUCUUUAUCUAUGCUGCGCUUGGAGUGGAGCUGUUUGGAGAGCUGGUGUGCAACGCUGACUACCCCUGUGAAGGAAUGAGCCGCCAUGCCACCUUUGAAAACUUCGGGAUGGCCUUCCUUACCCUCUUCCAGGUUUCAACGGGUGACAACUGGAAUGGCAUCAUGAAGGACACCCUUCGAGAUUGCCCCCCAGGCGGUGAUUAUGGCUGCCACCCUGGGCUGCAGUUCAUCUCCCCGAUGUAUUUCGUGUCCUUCGUGCUCACAGCUCAGUUUGUCCUCAUAAACGUGGUGGUGGCCGUGCUCAUGAAGCAUCUGGACGAUUCCAACAAGGAGGCGCAAGAGGACGCGGAGAUGGACGCGGAGAUUGAGUUGGAGCUGGCUCAGGGAGGCCUCUGCUGCAUGAUGGGGGGUAUCGGAGCCAUUGCUGGGGCGACGGGUGGCGCUGCGAGUGGGGCCGGCGUGGGCGGUGGAGCGCCUGGUGCAAUUACAGCGGGGACAGUCGGGGGUCCAAGCGGUGGGGUGAUUGCACCGCUGAGAGAUGGAGGAGGAGGAGGUGGUGGUGGAGCUCAUGAGGGCCACACGCAUCAUCAUCGAUGUCGGCUCUACUCUCCUGCUCAGGAGAGCCAGUGGCUGGACAGUGUGUCUCUGCUGAUUAAGGACUCAUUGGAAGGAGACAUGAUUGACAACCUCUCCGGUUCAGUUUUCCACCACUAUUGUUCUCCUCCUGUCUGCAAGGACUGUAAGGGACACCCACAAGAGAUCCGACUAGCGGAGGUGGAGCAGGCAUCGCUAAUGUCAGAGCAGCUGUCAGACAAGUCAUCGUCUCCGGCGCUGCCAGAUGACCUCAGCCUGGACGAACACAGCAGCUAUCAACUGCUGGUCAAAGGCACCCAGAGGGGCAGCAGUGAUUCCCAUAGUUCGGAGGAGCUGCCCACCCAUGGGGGCUACAGGGGGCUCCGUGGCUCCAGUUCAGGAAGCGAGGAGGGGGCCCGGGAGUUGUUUGAAGUGGGAGUUCAUCCUCAGUUGUGUCCUCCCUCGCUGGAACGGCAAAGUCCGGCACGUUUCCCAGAUGGUGAUGGUGGAAGUUGCAGUGGAGGUGGAGGAAGAGGGUCUUCACCUGUCUUCCACCUACCAGCAGACUUCUUCCACCCAGCCGCCGCAGCUCAUCCAGGGAGUCCAGGGAACAACGUUAGCCCAGGAGACAGAGGGCCAUCCAGGUUGGCCUCUCCAGCCUCCUGGGCUUCCCUCCGCUCACCUGGAGCCAACAACAGGCCCCUGAGCUCUCAGCACCCGUCCCACAGUGACUCCUCCCUGGCGACAGGAAGUUCAGACGGCAGCCUGCAGACCACACUAGAGGAAGGGCUCAGCUUCAGUGUCUCUCCCCCGCGGGAUCUGGGUCUUCCCAUGCCUCUCCUCUGCCCUCUUCCCAGCCGCCCCCAAGGACCUGCCACAGGAGACAACGACCACCCUUUACUGAAGAAACGCAGCACUACUUUUACCCUCCAAGCCACUAGAGGGCACCAGAGGAGCCAGAGCAGCUGCGGUGGUGGCAGCACCAGCCCUGGUUGCCCCCGGCAGGACUCCAUAGACCCUUCAGAUGAGGACGUGGGCACGGGGUCAGGAGGGGAUGGCUGCCGGCAGACCUUCAACAGCGAACAUUUGUCAGAAACAUUGAACAGCCUGUCGCUGACGUCACUGCUUACUCCAAGCUCUCUGGCACCGCCGCUUAUGAAGAAAUGUAACAGCACAGGCUCACUAGACCAAACUAACAUAUCUGCCCGGAGUAAAGAUGGACGCCAGUUCUACGGUAUAGAUGCCCAUGGUUACUUGUCCAACCCCUGGACGGAGGGCAGGGCGAGAGGUGAGGAGGAGGACAGUGAUAUCACAGGCUUCAGCAUGAAAAGCAGCAGUCGGCCCACAGACACAAGCUCCAGGAAAAAUAGAUGA